AUGGCAUCGCGAUGGGUGGUAAGUCACACGCCUCAAGCGUUCAAGCAAUUACUGAACCGCUUGGCCGCAGGAAUGUAUGGCCCCGCAGCAAGUACAGCUCUGGCCGAUUUGCCAUAUGAUGCGAGGGGCAUACUCUCGGGGAUAUAUCAGAACGGAUACUCGACGGGGUACUUACUUGCGGCAGUCUUCUACAGGGCUUUGGUACCAACGACAAGCCAUGGGUGGAGGAGCCUAUUCUGGUUCGCAGCCGUCCCUCCUCUACUCCUCAUCGUUUUCCGCUUGGCCAUGCCAGAGACAAAUCACUUCCAAGCCAUCAAGGCCGAGCGCGAAGCUCGAGUCAACGAGCGUCAAGACGGAAACGAGUUGGUACCACCGACAAACAAAAUGAGCAUCGUUGUAUUCGCUAAAGAAGCCGGGAAAGCCGUCAAAGACAAUUGGGUCCUACUGAUCUACAUGGUCGUGCUUAUGACGGGCUUCAACUCUUGCUCCCAUGGCAGCCAGGAUUUCUUCCCAACAUUCCUCAAGAAUCAAGUACAGCUCGAUGCUACGAAUGUCACCGUGAUAUCGAUUGUCGGUCAGCUUGGGUCCAUUACGGGUGGUACCAUACUCGGUUUCGUCAGUACUUUUUCCGGUCGGCGGCUCAUCAUGCUCAUUGCAUGUGUCAUGGGCGGUGCACUUGUCCCAGCCUACAUCUUACCGCGGAGCACGUCACUUGUCGUCAGUGCAUUCUUCGAACAAGUGUUUGUGGGAGGUGUUUGGGGCCCAAUCCCAAUUUACCUGAUGGAACUCUCACCAGUAGCACUGCGCACAACAGUCAUAGGCUUGACAUAUCAACUCGGAAACUUGGCAUCUUCUGCCUCCGCGACAAUUCAAGCCAUAAUCGGGGAGCAAUUUCCGUUAAGUCCCGGUCCAACUGGAGAGAAGAGGUUUGAUUAUGGCAAGGUCAUAGCCAUUUUCAUGGCGGCAGUUUGGGGGUAUGUUUUCAUCUUUUUACUGCUGGGACCGGAGAUGAGUCAGGAAGAGCGAGACAAGGAAGCUGAGGCUGUCCGGAGCCUGGAACGCAAACGUCAAGAGCGGAAAAUCAACGUGCGCAGUGAGAAGCAGGCGGUCGAGGAGCAUACAGUCGACACCAUUGAGGAGGUGUAG